AUGCAGCUUGGCAUCAUUUGUUUCGUUUGGUAUGGUUUUGUUCUAUUAUCAAAGAUAAAUCAUGCAAUGCUUCAUUCUCCAUCACAUUCGGACUCAUCAAUAGAGUUCGAUUGGAUGAGCUUUUUAGAUAUUCCUGAAGACCCCAACGUAAAGUCAUCACAUACUUCAGCUGAUCCACAGCACUCUAUCAAGGAAGUCAAAGAAAAAGAAGCCUCGGUGAAGAACAAGAAAGAACUCGGCGAGAUCAAGAGAAGAGAAAGACGAAAAGAUCUGCAGAGAAUUUAUCAUCAAAAUAGCAAAAAUAAGUUCCACAAUCUGCCCGAAUCUGAAAAAGCAAAAAUUCGACAAAGCAGAAAAGAGAAUCAAAGGAGGCACUGUAAAAAAUUGAAAGAACUAACGGGAUUUAGUACUAGACGAGAAGAAAAAAUUGGUCAAGCUAGACUGGCAAAAGAACUUGGAACUCUGACCGAAGAGCAAAAACAACUUUUGCAAAAAGAAUACAAUCGAAAGAGGAAAUACAACGAAACAAAGAAGAAUCGAAAGGUUGCAUCUGUGAGCACGGAAGAGCAAGAGAAGAGCGGUAGCAAUAAAAAGCGUAAAGUACAGACUCCUGGUCAUCCUUGA